AUGUCUGCUAACAUGAAGUCACAGGACAUCAACGUGGCAAGAGCAACGGAACCAUCUCAGGUCGUUGGUACCACUGCCUGGGGAGCGUCCCACUACAACGGUCAUGACAUCAAGUCCCGACAGCUCCUUUUCCUCGUCCUCGGUGUUGCUACCCCAAUGACACCGACUCUUUUCAUCCUCCCGCCAUUAUCGACCGCCAUCAUCGUCACCGCCAACUUGUACAGCAUCACCCCCUCCGCGAGCAACCGGGUCGGCCUCAUCGUCGCCUUCUACUGUACCCAGUUCUACCUAGCCGAAGGCAACCUCAUCUACUCACUCAUACCGCGCAAUGUCGCCGGCCAGACCAAGAAGUCGACGACGCUCGCCAUGAACUUCAUCGACUGGGCCGCCGGCAACAUGACUGCGCCUCAGAUCUUCCAGGCCGGCGACGCGCCCCGUCACCAUAAGGGCUUUACCGCCCACUUCUGCCUCUACGCCCUGUUUAACUCCUUUCUCAUCCUGUUGCGCUUCCUGCUCGUACGGCGUAACCUCGAAAAGCGUAGGGCCGCCGCCGAGGAUAUUUCGCAAGAUGGCAGCAAGGGUGUGUGGCUGCGGGUCCUGAGGCCGGCGAUGAACAAAUUGAGCCCUCGAAUACCUCUGCUGAUAUGA